UAAAUUCAAAAAAGGUUAGGGGAAAACCGCAGGCGCACAGUCAUCUUCCCAUGUGCGGCUUCUCACAUGAACUUUUACUCUCUUUCACUAAAUCCCUAAAAGUACAUCAGAUUCAAAGGAAUCCUAUCCCUCCCUUCUUACUUCUCUCUCAUUUUCCUCUGACCCAAACACAAAAACAGCGACCUCUCUUUCAAUCUUCUCAUUCAAACCAGAAAAUUAGAGAAAAAGCGGAAAAAAGUUCUGAAAAUGAAUAAUUCUUGGUCUGACAAAGGCUUCAAUGGGGUUGGGGUCAAUGAUGAUUUCUUUGAUGACAUAGUAGAGUAUUUGGAUUUACCAUUUGAAGAAGUUGAAGGAGAUGAUUGUCAUGGUAGUAAAGAAGAUGUAAAAAAGAACCAUUUGCCCGCGGAAGAGAACAAUGACGGUGAUGAAGAGUGGGAUUGUAAUUUUGAGAACUUAGAGCCUCCACCCACCAAUGUUUUGGCCGGCUUGUCUUCUGGAUUUUAUGGUGAUUUUUUCAGUGACAGUUUGGAGAAAAGCCUUACAAUUUCAUGUGAUGGAUCUUCUGAGCUAAACCAACAGUCGAGCGAUACCAAAGCAGCCUCCUGCACCAGAAGAAGCAUUACCUUGCACAGUGAGUCUGCUGAUGUGAAAGGUUCAACCCGGUUCCAGACUUCCAGUCCAGUAUCCGAGCUUGAAAGCAGCAGUUCUUGCUCAGGUGCAAAUCCUGCUUCUAAUAACCCUGAACUAAGUUUCCCAGUGAAGCGAGGUCGAAGCAAAAUCAAGCGAAGACUAGCAUCUACCUAUAUCCUUCAGUACACAUUGCCUUCCAUAUCAUCCGCAUCCGUUGCCUCCAGGGGAUCUGAUUAUCUGGUUGGUUCUGAAUCAGAAUCAGAAAGCCAUCUUACAGAGAAAUGUGCCAAAAAGAGACAGAAAAAGAAAAAGAACCUGACAUUGCUUUCAAGUUCCAGCGAGAUCAAGAAAUCCUGCUCCCAACAGCCUAUUGUCGUUAUGAAAUGUAUGCACUGUGAAAUUACAGAAACGCCACAAUGGAGAGAAGGGCCAAUGGGACCAAAGACCCUUUGCAAUGCAUGUGGGGUUCGCUACAGGGCAGGACGCCUCUUUCCGGAAUAUCGUCCUGCCGCAAGUCCUACAUUCAUUCCAUCAUUGCAUUCCAACUCUCACAAGAAGGUGGUAGAGAUGAGGAAAAAAAGCCAAGCUGCCGUUGUCAAACCCCACCAAAAUGUCGUUCCGGUUGCAGUAGAAAAUUUCUGAGCGUGAGCAUUUCCAUUAUUGCGUUGUUUACAUCCAUGUGUUUUGAUUUUCGUUCCUUGUUUCUCAGUGUGUAUAUUGAUGGAAUAAAUAGGAUGUUUGGCAGACGGGAAAUAUCUUAGUGAAGUCUAGAGUAUGAAGGGUUGAUUUUACAAAUUGUAGGUUUAACAAGUUUGAGUUUGAUAGU